UAAGUACCCCGCUCUCCUCCGCCCCAGUGUAGUGUCGGUGGUGGUGUGGUGUGGUGUGGUGUGGUGUGGUGUAGUGGCCCCCCGACAGCCAUGCCCGUGGUGCCCGUGUCCAAGCUGUCCCCGAGCCUGCUCGCCUUCAUGAACAACCCCGGGGGACACGCCCCCGACGAGCUGCAGAGCAAGCGGGAGCUGUUCUUCAAGAAUGAGCUGCCCCCGGCGAGCGGGGUCAGCACGCCGUCCCAGCCGCCCCCCGGCGCCCCUGUGCCCGCCCCCGCGCCUGCCCCCGUGCCCGCCCCCACGCCGGGCGCCGUCAAGGAGGCGCUGGCCAAGCGCUCCGCCGCCGCCGCCGCCGCCGCCGCCACGCUAGCCGCCGACAACGACGCCGCCGCCGCCGCGGACAACAAGGAGCGCUACAACAAGGCGGAGCGCGACAAGCUGCCCGAGCGCCGCACCAAGGAGCUGGACGGCUACGUGGGCUUCGCGAACCUGCCCAACCAGGUGUACCGCAAGGCCGUCAAGAAGGGCUUCGACUUCACGCUGAUGGUGGUGGGCGAGUCCGGCCUCGGCAAGUCCACGCUCAUCAACUCCAUGUUCCUGGCCGACAUCUACUCGAGCGAGUACCCCGGCCCGUCGCUGCGCAUCAAGAAGACUGUCGCCGUGGAGACCAGCAAGGUGCUGCUGAAGGAGAACAGCGUCAACCUCACGCUCACGAUAGUCGACACGCCGGGCUUCGGGGACGCCGUGGACAACAGCAAUUGUUGGCAACCUGUUAUAGAUUACAUUGAAACCAAAUAUGAAGAGUACCUCAAUGCAGAAUCACGAGUGAACCGUAAAACACUUGUGGACAGUAGAGUGCACUGUUGUUUAUAUUUUAUAACACCAUCCGGACACGGCCUGAAACCACUAGACAUCGAAUUCAUGCAGCGACUUCACGACAAAGUCAACAUUAUUCCUAUAGUUGCGAAAGCGGAUACGAUGACACCGGAUGAAUGUAGUCAUUUCAAGAAACAGAUACUGAAUGAAAUUUCUCAGCACAAAAUUAAGAUAUACGAGUUCCCAGACACAGAGGAUGAGGAGGAAGCGAAGCUGAACAAAGUGUUGAAAGACAGGGUACCGUUUGCCGUGGUUGGUUCGAACACGGUCAUAGAGGUAGACGGCAAGAAACUGCGAGGCCGGAAGUAUCCGUGGGGUGUUGCCGAAGUCGAGAACCUGGAGCAUUGUGACUUCAUUGCUCUUCGCAACAUGCUGAUUCGCACUCACCUGCAAGACCUCAAAGACGUGACGAACAACGUUCACUACGAGAACUACAGGUGUCGGAAGCUGGCUGGCCUCGGAACUGAUGGGAAGCCGUCGAGAACUUCGAACAAGAACCCGCUCGCUCAAAUGGAAGAGGAGAAGCGGGAUCACGAUGCAAAAAUGAAGAAGAUGGAGGCUGAAAUGGAGCAAGUGUUUGAAAUGAAAGUUCGAGAAAAGAAACAAAAACUUAGGGAUUCUGAAGCAGAUCUGCAGCGGCGGCACGAGCAGAUGCGCAAGAGCCUGGAGCAGCAGCUGCAGGAGAUGCAGGACCGGCGGGAGUCCUUCGAGAAGGAGAAGAAGGCCUGGGAGCAGCUGCACAACGUCACGCUGGAGGAGCUCCGUCGCAAGAGCCUGGAGGCCAACUCCAAGGAGACUGCUUCGCUUGCUUCCGAUCCGGGCGCGUUGCAGGUCGCCGCCUCGAAAGGGAGAAUGACCCUGUCGCGCCGUCACUCGUUCAACCAAGCCAACGAAUGCAGGCAACAGUAGGCAAUUUGACAGACUUCUCUGGCUACCCCUGUGCACCCGAUACUCACAGUUGCUACCUUUCAGUAUUACAAGUGUAGUGCAGUUCGUAUAUUCACUGUGGUGGUGAUGAGGACUUGAUCAAACAAGUAAACAAACUGUAGCGUAGACAUCACAAGCGCACUAUAGUGUCAUUGGUUUCUAAAAUGCGGGUUCUUGCUGUACAUUGUAAGACUGUCUAUUUUUUAGUGUUUCUACAAGUUUAUUUAAUCUAUAUUUCCCUUAUGGGUGUGGAAAAAAAAUUAAGGAUUUAAAUUGGGUAUGUAAUGUAUUUGGUUAGAUAGCAUUUUACAAUUAAUUUUUUGUAUUAUUUUAAAUGAUGCUUCUAAGCUGGAGUUUUAGGUAUUUUGAUAUUUGUUAUAUUCUUAAUAUUUGAUGAUGUUCUUGUUCUUAUUCUGACUGGUAGUUUUUAUUUGCAAAAACAAAUUAACAACUUGAACUAAGAAUAAAAAAAAUGAUUUUAUUCUUUUCUUUGCCUGCAAACUUUGGUAUUAGUAUUUAUGUAGGUAAAGUUUGUUAUUCAUUCCAUUUCAGCAUUUUUGUUCAAUGAUGUGGAAGAUUAGGGCAAUUUUGUGCUAGAAUUAAUGAAAAGAUCUGCUGGAAAAUCCAUUUGUCUUCCAUUUUGAAGUGUUUAUGGCUUUGUAUAUGUUGCUUUUAAACAGUGUUUCAUAAAUAUUUAUGUUUGAACAUUGUAAAUAUGCAUGUAGAUGUAGUGUUACAGUAGAGUUAGUAAAAUAAACAUAUUUAAUCUGUAAAUACAUUUUGUACUUACAUCCUUUGUGUAGUGUGUUCCAUAUGUUUUGUAAGUCUGAGCUUUAUUUUUCUGUGUGUAGUGUGUAAUCUUCAUUUUAUAAGAAAAUAUUUCAAAUAGUUUGGCUGUAAUCUAAGUAACUCCUGCUGAAAGGAACACUGGAGUUAUGGAAGCUUAGUUUGUAUAAAAAUUACAGUGACACCUUUGUGUUAAUAGCAAAAUCUACUAUUCGCAUUACUGGUACUGUAAUUUUGAGACAAAUUAAGAUGUAAUAAUUCCCCUCCCCCCGACAAAUCACUAUUAUUUGAAAGAUUUAAAGAAAAAAAAAAUACUUUACAAAGAAAUGUAGUAAAUUCAUAAACUCAAAACUAACAAAUCGUUUACUAUAUCUAUUUGUGUUUUUCUUGGUACCUAUCCUAUUACGGUUCCCCAAGAUAUUGUUGACGGGUGUGCUACAAUUGGUGGGGCGAUUAAAAAUAGAAUUUUGGUCGGCUAUUUCAACCAUUUUAUGCGGGGGAAGAAUUAAGAUUAAAACUCUGAACUGUUUAUUCGACUCAGGGGAUACUAAAAAAUCCAUAUCAACUUUUCUUCUUAGGUAGAGCAACUCUAGAAAGAGAAUUUUAAUAACAAUUGUAUUCAAAAUGUGUGUUAGGGGAUCAGUAAGUUUCCACCCUGUACAGUAUGUGCUACUUAUUGUGGGAUCACCUAAGAUUAAAUAAAAAAUAACUCUUAAUUCAUAAAGAAAACAUUUAUUAUAAAAAUGCAAAAUUCUUACAUUAGUCUUUGCAAAAGGAAAGUUUUUGCUGUUUGAAGUUAAAGGUGAGAAUGAUUGCUGACCUUUCACUUGCAGUGAAAUAAUAUAUCCUCAAAGUUCGUGCAUCAAAAAAGUUUUAGGACUUAAUUUGGAGGAGUGUGAAAUUUUUGUUAAUGAAAUGAUCGUUACACAGUAUUCAUAGUGUGAUAAUUUAUAAUAUUCAGAAUCACUUCACAAUAUUUGGAGAGCUCUACAGGAGUAUUAAUUGCAACUGUUUAACAUUAAGAACAUGUUUUGUUGCACUUGCCAGGGUUUACUGUGUUAAAAUAAUUUUGGUUCAGAUUCAUUUGUUGUAUUAGGUUAUAAACUUUAAUAAUUUCAGUUGCUUUAAAGAUAAGUGUUGGUUGAAAUAUAAGAUUCAGUUUUGCAUGCCUGGAUUCUGUCAUGAAAGUGCUGUGUGAGCAGUCUGCACGCUAGUUUGAUUGUGGAGAAGGAACGCAAGCGUUGGUGGCAGUUAUUAAAAGUGGGUCAUGUAUGUAUGAUGAAAGGUCUUAAAUCUGACAUUCUGUAAUGUGGCACCAGUGGACGCUCAAAUUCAUGUUUGUGCAGGUGGAUUCAGGCUCUUAACCUUUGCUGCCAAAAUGCAUUAUUUCGCUCAGUUUAUCGCUACUGUCAGUUUUAAUUUGGUAGUGUUUCCUGUUUUCUUGCGAUUUACAUUUCUCAUUUUCACAUUUGGGAUUCCUGUUAAAACUAUAUUGACAUUAGAUAAUCCAACCAAAUUGCUAUCCGGUAUGGAUGUGGUCCCAAAUACAGUAAAACACCGUUUUAACGAACUUCAUUAGAGCGAACAAUUCAUUACUACGAACUAUGCCUUUGGUCCCGUCAGACGUCCAUAUAACAUAACGUAAAAAAAAUUCAUUACUACGAAUUUUCUCACUCAAAUUUUAAAAAUAUUCUAUGAAUAUUCAUUUUAACGAACACUUCUCUGCCCGGCAAGGUAAACGACAAACGGAUAAAAUCGUCGCCAUUCACCCACAAACUGCCAUCUUAUUUAUUUUAAUACGCGCCAUAGAUAACUGCAAUGGACUAGUGUUGAAAUUAAUGCACAAAACUGGUGUAGCGACUAAAGCGCUGCACUGCGGUGUUCGCUGACAUUACUCUUUGUUCUAUGCUCGCACGUGUUCUACAUCAUAAAGUAUUGCUACAUACAUAUCUCUGGUCGUUUCCUUGUUUAUUGUUUUGAGAAACGUGGCUAUACUACGAGUAUAACUUAUUUUUACGGGAAGCCUAUAACUCACGUAGUUUCGGUUCCCUGCAAGAAUUUCCGAAGAUUUUCGAAGUUUUGCGUUUUGGUAUUAACGCCACUUCAGCCGCUAAAUCAGAAGUUUCCAAUGAAAACAAGCAUGUUGUGACUAACCUAACCUAACCCUUCGAUUUUUUUAAUUUCAAUUUUUGAGAGAAAUCUGAAGUUGCACGAACGUGGUAGGGAACCGAAACUAUGUGAGUUGUAGGCUUCCCUAUUUUUACAUGUGUCGGGUCCAUUUGUUUUUAUAGUUUAAAAAACCGUACUACUGAACAUGUCUUCUAGGAAACGAAAGGCGAUUGAUUUGAAACUUGAAAUGUUAAAAGCAGUAGAUAAAGGAAAUAAAAAGACUGAUGUGGCUAAAAAGUUCGUAUCUCCAAAUCAAUAUUAUCCACAAUUCUCACCCAGCGAUCCAGUUGGGAAGACAAUAAAAUGUAAAAAUAUUUUCCUAACUUUUAAAUUUUAUAUUUUUGAUUUAUUACAGCAUUUUUGCAAACAGCUUGUCUUGAUUCCAAAGGUAGGCUUACUGUUUUGGCAAACAACUUACCUACGUAGUAUUUCUGUAUUGUACAUAUACAUACUAUACUAGUAUGUAUGUAGUACUUAUGUAUCUUGAUCCCAAAGUAUAACUGUUAUAAAGUUAUUGAUGCUUGUACCACUCAUAUUGGUAUUAGAUUUUCUACUUUGUUUUUUAACAAGAUCGAGUUAUGUUAAAAACCCCAAAUCAGGCAAUCAUUGUGAUUUCGGUAUAAAGAACUUCAUUAUAACAAACUGCCAUAAUUUUGGUCCCUUCAUGUUCUUUAUAAUGAAGCUCUACUGUAUGCCUUAUUGAAGACCAUUGUGUUUUGUAACCAAGUUUUCUCUGCUUAAACUAACUUUGUGGUUCAUACACACUGUGCCAGGGAUAGGGAAAUUCAUGCCUGUGGCAGUGUUCCAAUUGGCAAAUUUUUUUAUGCAAAGUUGUUAAGUGACCAGAUUUUUCCAAUAAAAUUAGUGAUGUAUUUUCGUAAUUUGUGGUUUAUAUUUUGUCACCAUAGAAGCUUACCAAUUACAAAA